AUGGGAAGUAAGAACGCUCGUGGCCAAGCACCAGCUAUUCGUGCAGCUCAAGCAUAUUCCAAUAAGAAAGCAGCUGACAAGCUACUUGCUGAGCAAAAGAAAGAGCAAGCCAGUGUUCAGCAGUUGUCACGUGCACAGCAGAAGGCUCUGACGCGUCAGCACGCUUUCAACUUCAAUUACGAUACUUUACCAAAGCACUCUGCCCUUAAGGUAAUAAAAGACAUUGAUACUGGUACAGUCAAGCUAUUCGUCGAGUUUGACAUCAUUUAUCCAAAAGAUAUUGCAAAUGAUGUCAACUUUCUCACCGUGCUUCCGAAGUACGCGGAACUUAUCACCAAGGUUGAAUUUCGACUCGUUGCACCUACAAAUCACGGCUCUCCCGCGAUCUAUAGAGAAAGAGUCGUAAACAUGAUGAAGACAAUUAAUUGUCUAAACAAGUUUGAUAUCGACGAGUUUCAGUUCGUGGUCUCCCUUAACAGGGCACACAACUUUGCCCAGAUGAAACUAGCAGCAGCAGCUUUUGGUUUGAAUUUUAAAGAUUGGACAAUGGUUACAGAGGUUCUUCAUGUUAAGGGUAGAUUCAAUGUCGAUAUUGGGAAAGGAUGCUAUAGAAUACUUGCUCGUACUAAAGAGUUAAAGGGUUUUAAGGGGGGUAAAUGA